GCCAUGAAGUCAGACACGUGCUGCCGGAAAGAGUGAAGUGGCUGAGCAUUCAGAGCCGGAGAGGAAGCAUGCCGGGGGAGAGCACUGAGCAAUCUGUUCCCGCAGCGAGGCACCAGGAGCAGGGGGACGAGGCCACACGACUCCCUGGAGCAGACAUGACGAGACAUCCCUCCACUGACUCCAUGCCUAGCGACAGUGGCUCCACUCCUAGCGACAGUGGCUCCACUCCUAGCGACAGUGGCUCCACUCCUAGCGACAGUGGCUCCACUCCUAGCGACAGUGGCUCCACUCCUAGCGACAGUGGCUCCACUCCUAGCGACAGUGGCUCCACUCCUAGCGACAGUGGCUCCACUCCUAGCGACAGUGGCUCCACUCCUAGCGAUAGUGGUUCAAGCCCGUUUCCAAGAACUCCUCAGAAGCCACUCCCUAUGUGCGACUCCCCUUUUGGGCCACGUCUACUUCGUGCCACUCCCGGUCACUCUGUGACCCUACGACCCCAGCCGGAGGGCUCUGACUAUCGCCACAGCAACAAAGCCAGACUCUCCGGGAGGCUGGGGGGUCAUGGGCCCUGUGGCCGCCACAUACCUGGGAAGAUGGAAAGAAUCAAGGUUCUGACUGGCUCUGAGGUGGAAAGUGACUACAAGGAGCCAGAUACCAUGGUGACAAGGGUGGUAAUGGGCCAGGAGACCUUGCUCAAGACGUCUGAGAUCCAGAAAGGGAAAACUCAGGGGCCGUCUAGUUCACAAGCUAUACCCCUGCCUGGAGUCCCAGAUGCUGCAGCCCCUCACAUCACCCCAACGACAGACACCCAAAUGGACACUGCAAAGAAAGAGAGCCAACGCCAGAGCCCAACGAGAGGGGAGGCUCAGCUACCGGCGCAACCUCCAAACUCAUUCCCUUCCCCUCUCCUCAAAACCCUCAUCCCUGAUCCCUCCUCAUCCGCAGAAUUCGUCACAGCCGGUGACAUUUUGAUAGACAACCCAGGGGAGGGAUGUACCCCCUCUCAGAAUGAAGUGCCUUCCGCCUCUUUUCCUGAGCUUGCCUAUCCAGUGGUUUUGUCCUUUUCUGAGCCAGCUUAUAUUGUUGACCCACUAAGAGUGGGUGUGCCCACGUUCCUCGACCCUGAUCCUUACUACACUGCCCCCUCCACUCCCAUCAAGGCGACCGCCCGCCACUCCAACAUGAAGCACCACUCUUACCCCGGCUCCCCUGUCUACCCCCUCUCCCCUGGCUCCCCCUCAGACAGCGAGGAGUUGUGCUCACCUCUCACCUCUCCCUCUGGCUCCUACGUCACAGCAGAAGGAGGUAGCUGGACCUCCUCCUACACCUCCUCCACGUCCCCUUCUCCCAACCUCCUGUUCACCGAGGAAGCCUCGGAGGCCCCCGCCUGCUUUGUGAGCUCCCUGUCAGAGAUCGGCGACGAGGCCGGGGAGGAGCGCUCACGAGGACGCGCCGAGCGGGAGCAGGAGCAUGAGAGAGGAGAAGCCUUCUGCUUGUACACAUCUGAGAUUUUUGGUAGGAGUUCUCGGUUAUCAGACACAGUUAUUCUGGAGGAGGAGGAUGUGGGGAGAGGGGAGGAGGUGGGGAGAGGGGAGGAGGUCCAGGGGUCCAGUGGUUGCUCACAUUCAGUGGUUUCUCACAGCCAUUGGAUGGUGGAGGACGUAUCUCCUCGCAGGAGCAGUAGUGGGCGGAGCAGCGACUCCCAAGAGGAUGUAGCCAGCUCGGAAGGAUUGCUCUGUCUGCUGGAAGAUGCUCAUGUGAGACGCGCGGAGUACCCAGCUACCCUACCCCAGGAAGGCCUUGAGCUGCAACUAGAGGCUUGUGGGUCAGACGAACAUUAUUCAUACAUAGAGCAGUUAACCAUGGUGAGGGUCAGGCAACUAGAGCAAACCUCCGAUGUCUUGGGCACUGACACAGAUACCGCCACCCCUUGCUCUGCUAGUAUCAGCCACAGCGCUCCCCUUCUUGAGGCAUUUGGUGACAUUGAAUCCAAUUCUUCUAUGCUCUUCCCAGGAGUCUACACUAAUGAUGAGUCCGAUGAGGACAGGAUGAUUCCGGCCUCACUGCUGUCUUUCCCUCUUCACACAAGCCUUAUCUUCCAGGCUGACUCCAUGGAAAUCACCCUCUUCCCAACGGAAGAGGAGACCGAAGUAGAAGAAGUGAAAAAAGACAAUGAAGAAAAGGAUGUGGAUGCUUAUGCUGCUGGCGAGGAUGAAGCCGAUGUGGAAGAUGUUGACGACGAUGACGAUGAUUCUGAAGAGGAAGAAGCUGCUGAGGCUAAGGUAGAGGAGAAGGUGGCAGAGGAGGAAGAUGACGUGGAUGUGGCUGAAGAGGAGUGUGAUGGUAAAGCAGUGGAGGAUCCAACAGAGGAAGACACAUCUGCUUCUUUCCUUCAUUCGUUAUCGGAGACAUCCAUCAACGAGGGCCUGGAUGAGUCAUUUUGUUAUCCAGAUGACACAGAUGACUCAUUAGAUUCUGCUUCAUACAACGGCGAGGAGGAUGAGCGCCUGUACAGUACAGAGAGGCAUGCCCAGUCACCCGAGCCUAGAUGUUUAGAUGCAGUAAACUGCAUUAACUUGCAACCAGAAGCUGGGCAACAGCCUGCCAGUGUUCAAGCUGAGCCCUUUGAGGGACAAAUUUGCCCCAAACUAUCUCAUCACAUGGAACCACCCCAUAGCUCUGAACCUGUCCCUGAUCAACCACCAUCUUCUCACAGCCCAAGUGGAAGUGAAAGUGACAUGGAGAUCUCUUCUGGGCUGUCAGACUCCCUUAGCCAGCCUAAAGAUGUCUGUGGUUCCACUCUUGUUGCCAACCCUCCUGUCGAUUCUGCUUUAUGCCAUGAAGCUGCUCCUAAUUCUGCUAAUGUUUGUUUUCAAACUAUUUCCUGCCCUUCGGUCACAGUUCAAAAGUAUACAACAGAGCAACCCUAUCGAAGUCUGGCUCUGGAUAUCAGACCAGAAGCAACUGUUACAGAGAUAAAAGAGCAAUCACUGCAUGAACACAUUAUGGCAGAGAGGGACCAGCAGAGAAGUGGUAUGUCUGAGGAGGAGUCCACAGAUGAACUCGAGGGAGACUCGUUUAAAUUGCUCAUCAAGCCUCGACAUUCUCAGUUUAAAAGCAAACAAUCUGCCGGGAUAGCAAGACCUUUGUCAUCCAAAUCAGAGACUCAGAAAAGUCCCACAUCUGUUAGGGCAGUAAUAGCCAUAAGUGUACCCAUCGUGCAGACGGAGCAUGGGGAGCUUGAGCUUGACCAACAAAAUGGAAAUGCUUUAGCUGAGGGUGUGAUUCUGAUGGGCGAAAGUUCGGAGGGAACUAGCCUUUCUGUGAAAACAGGGUCGCCGACCGCCGCCACCAAUGACUUGAAUAAGGGUGUCCCUCUUCUUUCCUAUCCCAAGGACCCAAUUCCUAACCCCAGUAACAUCCCCAUAUCUGCGUGCUCAGAGCUUGUUUCAGAUCCACCGGACAACCUGGUCCUGAACCCCUGCCCCUGUGACUCGGCCCAGGAAAACCUGAGGGAGAACACGCUGAGUGCUGAGGAGGGUGGCACAGGAGCUCAUGGUUCUCCACACACACCGCUCGCUAUCUCGCCCAAGAGAGAGAACUCAGAGACCACCUCAGCAAGGGUGAUGGACUCUGCAGCUGUGGCAUGGGGUUCCGACUGCAUGGGGCUGAGGUUAGGUCUGGGACUAGGGCCCGGGGCAACACUCGGGGCCUUUGGAGUUGUGGGGUCACUCUCUCUUUCUCUGGGGAAGAGCUAUGAGCUAGAAGAGACAGAGAGCCUGCUCAUGUGCAACAUAGAAGGACAGAGUACACAGAUGGCAAUGGCACCCGACCUACCCGACAUUAACUCUGGAGAAAAUGAGAAUGAUGGUGAGGGAGAUAAAGAAAACAACAGUGCUUUGUGGAAGAGAGAGGGGAUGGCAGAUGUGGAGCUCAUAGAUGAGGGAGCCCCUGAAUCAAAUUUGUCACACUGGAGAUCCAUCGAAGAGAUAUCAGAGGCAGGGGGUGGAGAGGAUGGCAGCUCCAGAUUCCUGGAUGAUAAUGUCAGUAAUCUAAACCCAGUCGAUGAAGGAAAAAACAAAGAUGCACAAGAUCAGGGCAACACGUCGGCUUUCAAUUCCUUAGAAAUGCCAGUUAGUGGGACUUUGAAUGCCUUGUCAGAGGAAUUAAGGCCUCUGAACACGAGUGUCAGUGUGACUGAGUCCACUUCAAAUAUUCCACUCAUUGAUAUGCCAACACCAAAUGAAACACACAUGAACAGAAGGCCAAUUGACAGCUUUUUAAACCUAUCUGAAACAGAGGAUGGUUGUGAUAGUCCCUGUAACAUUUCUGCACUGGGUUCUGACGUGUCUAUUGUGGGCCAACUGCCCAGUUCACCAGAACUGAUCGACUCUAGACGCCAAAAUAAUACAGUGUCCCCCUCAGCCUCUAAGGAGAUUGAUAUCGCCCUUUCUCUGAUUGGCGGAUCCUUUGGUUCCUUCACUUCCAAACCAAAGUUAAAUCAAUCAAAACCUGCUAGGAGUUGUCAAGAAAAUGCUUCAUCAGUUUUGGGAAAGGAUGAGGAGGAAAAUAUAGGGCCUCUGUUGAAUCCAGUUAUAAUGAAACUACAGUUGGAAGUCCAAAGAGAAGUACAUGUCAGUUGUUUGACUUCCAGUGAUAUCAACCAAACAAAGACUCAAAAUGCCUUUGAAGAUGGGGAGACUUGUGUCUGUACAUCAGGAGAGAGAGAUAAGGUGGAAUCCAAAAAUGGAGAGAAAGAAAGGAAGAAUGAGCUUGAGGGGGAGAAAGAGGUGAUUGAGGAGAAAAGGGAGUGUGAAAAUACAAGCAAAGAUGUGGAGAAAAUGGAGCAAAACAAGACAAAGAAUGAAAUGGAGAAACAGAAAAGAAAAAGCCAACAGAGGGCAGCAAAUAAAGAGAAGGACAAUGGGAAUGUUUCCCCAGAAGAUUUCGAGGCCUCUCCAUGUAACACCCAUCACGAGCCUUGUGCUGAUCCACCAGUCAACACCAAGAAUGGACAAAAAGGGAGGCAGGGCCAACACAAAGCAUCCCAGCCAGCCACACAUGCAGACACAUGCUCCCAGGCCGGUCCUGUUCCACCGGAGUGUGUUGUUUCAGCAGCUGGGGGCCAAACAAGGGGGCUUGCUCAUUCUAAAUCUAAGAAAGGACGUAAGCAAAACAAGAUGUCCAUGGCAUCGGACAAAAAGCAGACAGUACCUGCAAAAGUUGAAGCUGAAGGGAAUCAGAACAGAACAGACCCUUCCAGCUCUAGUCCUGAUGAGUGCAUUUUUAGCCUUGGAAACAGCAUAUCUCCCAUGCGUGCCCAAGACAAACUCCAUGAUUUAGCAUCAAGGAACCACUCAAUGCAAAAACAGGAAGUGCUUGAUAACAGGCCAUUACCGAGGGGAAGCCCCAAGGAUAUUAAUGAAAAUAACACUAGCAGCUCUACCACUCGGGCGCUCACAUCCUCUUCCAGCCGUCUCUCUUCUUCACCACCACCUCUCUCUUCCUCCCAUCGGCCAUGCAGCUCCUUGCAUCCAGAAGAUGAGCUCAACACCCAGGAGUCCCAUCACGGCCUCCCCUCAUUGACUCAGAACGGAGAUCAAAUUCCUGUCAGUAACACCGGGGUUAACCUGCCCUCUUGCCCUCCUCCAAUUAUUUACAACAAAAACAACAAGAACAACAACCUUCAAAAGCAAAGGCAUUCCACACCAACAACAUCUAGCAGUCCCAGUGUCUCUGCUGCCCCUUCUUCUGUUGCUCUUUCGCCUCUCAGUCUGUCCAAGCCCACCCAACAGUCGCCGUGUGGAUAUCAGGAUCAGAAGGAGUUCUUUCUGCCUUCUCAAACCGGCCCGCCACCCCAGUCUGAGGGGGCUGCUCUGCCCGGUCACCUGGCCAGGCGUGCUGUGCCUUGGAGUGGAAGAGACACAUACAGAGGUUCCCGUCUUGUUAUGGACACAGACAGUGAAGAGGACGUAGCUCUUCCUCAAGAUCACAGAAUCCAGGCCAAAGGGACUGCUGGAAGCCGGCAUAGUUCAAUGCAUAAAGAGUGUGAAUCAUCCAACCACAUGGAAAUUCAGCCCUUUUCUCAACAGUUGAUUACAGACAGACAGCCUUGCUGUCCAAUCAGCAGCCGACACAAGUUUUCAGAAGAAAUCCUCCAGUCCUUCAAAAAUAAUUUGGGCUCCUGCAACGACUCAGAGACUGAAGGCUCGGUGCCAGAGCUGGAGGGUCCAGAGACGACGCCAUGCAGACCCUCACAGCCCCAGUCCAUGUCCCCCAUAGACGAAGGGUUAAACAGACCCAAACAGAGUCGCAGUGAGAAGAAGGCCCGCAAGGCCAUGUCCAAGCUGGGUUUGAAGCCAGUUCAUGGUGUGACCAGGAUCACCAUCAGGAAGUCUAAGAGCAUCCUGUUUGUCAUCAGCAGACCAGACGUGUUCAAAAGCCCGGCCUCUGACAUCUACAUCGUAUUUGGAGAAGCCAAGAUUGAGGACCUGUCCCAGCAGGUCCAUAAAGCUGCUGCUGAGAAGUUCAAGGUGCCUGUGUCCUCCUCCCCGCUGGCCCCCCCCGCCCCACCCAGCGUGACCAUCAAGGAGGAGAGUGAGGAGGAAGAGGAGGAGGAGGUGGACGCUGGAGGCCUGGAGCAGCGGGACAUCGAGCUAGUCAUGGCUCAGGCCAACGUGUCGCGGGCCAAGGCCAUGCGCGCCCUGAAACACAACAACAACGACAUUGUCAACGCUAUCAUGGAAUUGACCAUGUGAGUGGGUAGGAUAGUGGGGGUCCUGAAGCCCCACCCUCCCCCUACUUAAGCCUAACGCCACUCCCCCUGUAUCGCUGCUAUGUUGCAUCCUUAGUACCUGCUCAAUAAAGUCUGUGAGAACCUGUACAUCA